CCGAGCCUCACCCGAAUCUACUUUUUCUUUUAAAUUUCUUCUUUGCUUAUAUCCCUUUCUCUUCCUUCCUUCCUUCCUUCCUUCCAAUCUUUGCUCAUUUUCGCCAGAAUCCUUAUUGGACACACUUCAGGAACAAGAUAGAGACGGCGCGUUAUUAGGGCUUUGCUUUCUUGUUCUUUACUGGGAAUGCUUUUACUUUCUUUAUUUUGAAUAAGUAGUUCACAUUUAUGUCUUCAAUUCUCUGAAUUUUUGGUCUGAUCUUCACAUUCAGCAAGCCCUAGAAGUCUUCUUCUUCCCGGGGAUUUCCCUUAAUUUGUGUAACUUCUCUCUCUAAAAUACCCAUUUUGGGGGGAUUUGACGUUAAUUUUCUUUUCUGGCUGCAAUUUUCCGUCAGAAUUUUGUGUUCUGUACUUGAACCUCACUCUCAGACCACGCAACUGGGAUCUUUGGGUUUAGAUUAGGGUUUUGAAGAACUAGUGAAUAUUAUGAAAGGGGAUAAGAUGGCAAAGAGGUCUUCUUUUGGAAGCAAAGUAAGGAAGCGGCUAUCUGAUAUUACCAAUUCCAUUCCUCAGCCCAAGUCCCCUAUGCCGGAUAAAAAGCCCUGCCCAGCUGAUUCCUCCGCUAAGGAGUAUAUUGAUCAUCUUGUCAAGGAAAACAUGGCACUUGCAAAACUUAUUGCAGACAAGAAUAAAAUUAUUGAAUUGACCGGGAUAGAGUUGCAGAAGAUGCGUACUAAUCUUCAGAAAAUGCAGAUACAGAAUUGGACCCUUGCUCAAUCCAAUAGCCAUAUGAUAGCGGAGCUUAAUUUAGGCAAAGAAAAGCUAAAAACAUUACAGCAUGAGAAUGUGUGCAAGGAUGCAUUGCUUAAGGCCAAGAACUUGGAACUGGAGGGGAAAGGAAAAAUGAAAAACAGUCAAAAGAACUGCUGUGAGGUUGGCUCAAUUGAAGGGGAGAUCAUUGAUGAACAUAAAUCUAAUGAUGACAGUAAACCUGGUAAAGGCGGCAGAAGGCGCUCAACAAGAAGCCAAUCUAUGGGAUCUUUGACUGUGUCUCAACACAUGGCCGAGAAAGAGGCAUCUGAAAGCAAAAGGCGAUGCUUGAGAAGGCAAUCUGCUAGAUUUACAUCCCAGCAGCAUGAGCCGGCAGAAAAUUUGUUCGAGAUAGCAGAUCCCGACUUUCUAAAUGGUCCAAUGCAUGAAGGCGCUGCUGCUGCAGCAACUCAAAGAUCUGAUGAAACUCCAGACUCAGGAAGAACUAGAACUUCUUUAGGCAGGCCAAUGCGAAAAGCAGCUGAGAAAGUCCAGUCCUACAAAGAAAUCCCUAUUAAAAUUAAAUUGCGGAGAACAGAAUGAGCACAAGAGAGAGACUGAUGAUGAAGUUGUUUUCAAAUUAUGGUUAACAUUCCCCUUUCUUUUUGGGGGGUGGAUUUUAUUUUACAAGUUACUGCAGAAACUGGUCUGGCUUGCUCAACAUGAAUUGUGUCAUCAAAACAUAACUGUGAGGUUCAUAAUCUCUUGUAGAUAGAGAUUGAACUUAAGAUGUUGAUGCUGGGGCAACUUGAUGCUUUUGCCAGCUGCUUUAUUCACUUGUAUGGUUAAAGUUUAAGCAAGAAAGCAUUCUACUUGACCUUUUUC